AUAAAUACAUUAAUGGCAAAAGUGCACCCACAAGUAUUAGUUGCUCCUUCAUCAACUUCAUCGAAACAAGAAGUCUUCACCGUGUGGAUGAAGUCGUUGAUCCUCAGCAGUAACGGCUGUGCCGUGUUCGAUUCGAACGGGCGGAUCGUGUACCGGGUCGAUAACUACGACCACAAACGGCUCGACAAAGUCCACGUCAUGGAUCCCAAAGGCAAUAUCUUGUUCACUCUUGUUAAAAAGAAAUUUUCGGUGCUUGGGCUGUGGAAUGGCUACAGAUCGAGCGACGGUGUGAAUACAGACAAGGGGGGGCCCGGUUUUCGCGUGAGAAAACUCGUUGGAAUCAGAAAUAUUCUUCUAGGGUUUCUUAGAGGAUACUCUUCUUACAAGGUUGCUGUACAUGUUAGUAAAUUACCGAAUGGUACGAACCGGCCUAACUGCGACGAUGAAUACGUUAAUUACAUAAUGGAAACUCAGGUUUCGAAGGCCUCUUGCAGAAUAAUCGACACUUUCGGAGGGCUUGUUGCUGAGGUAAAGAGAAAGAUAAGUGCAAGUGGAGUAGUUCUUGGAGAAGAUGUGUUGACAAUGGUGGUGGAGCCAAAUAUUGAUCAUUCUCUUGUUACAGCUUUGGUUGUUGUUUUUGGUCUCAUUCACCACAAGAAUGCUACAUCGGAGGCGAAUAGAGAUAAGAUUGUCGAUUUGUCGCCGGAAUCUAAUUUUGAUGGCUGGUUGUUCUGCUUUGAAAUCAGAUUACAGAUGUGGCGUAGAUCGGCGUCUUUCAUCCUCGAGAAGCGGCAGCUACAGCAGCAGCAGCAGCAGCAAGGCGACACCGUGACCAACGCCGAUAGCCGCCCUCUCUCCCCUUCCUCCACCGCCAUGGCCGCUGAAAACCCUAACCCUAAGAUAUCCCUCUACUACCAAACGCGCGCCGCCCACCACGGCGUCGUGACGAGUGACUGGCUGGAUCAGUCUAAGGCCGCCGCUGGUGGCCACCCCGACGGUGCAGUUUCGGAGAAUUAUGUAUCUGGCGGUGAGGACGACCGCAAGGGGUUUAGCGUGGUGGAUGAGUUUAAUAAUUGGCGGAAACAGCCGGACUUGGCGGAGGCUGUCGCUGCGAUUAGGUCUUUGGCUUCGGUUAUUCGAUCGAGUCAAGCUACUACGAUGAUGGAGCUUGAAAUUGAGCUGAAAAAAGCAGCUGAUUCGCUUAAAUCAUGGGAUACUACCUCUAUCUCUUUAACAGCUGGAUGCGAUCUCUUCAUGCGCUACGUGACGAGAACUUCUGCUUUGGAAUAUGAAGACUUCAAUUCAGCAAAGUCCCGACUUAUGGAACGCGCCGACAAGUUUGGUGAUAUAUCUUAUAAGGCUCGGAGGAUAAUUGCAAGUCUUGGGCAAGAUUUUGUCUUCGAUGGUUGCACCAUUUUGGUGCAUGGCUUCUCACGGGUUGUGUUUGAGAUUUUGAGAACUGCAGCUCAGAGUAAAAAACUAUUUCGAGUUUUCUGCACAGAAGGGAGGCCAGACAGGACAGGUUUAAGGUUAGCCAACGAGCUCGCGAAACUUGAUGUUCCUGUUAAGCUGUUGAUAGAUUCGGCUGUGGCGUAUAGCAUGGAUGACGUGGACAUGGUUUUCGUUGGAGCAGAUGGUGUAGUCGAAAGUGGAGGUAUAAUAAAUAUGAUGGGUACCUACCAAAUUGCACUGGUUGCUAAAAGCAUGAAUAAACCAGUUUAUUGUGCUGCUGAAAGUUACAAGUUUGCUCGACUCUAUCCGUUGGAUCAAAAGGAUAUGGAGCCCGCAUUACGGCCCAUUGAUUUCGGGGUACCGAUUCCAUCGAUGGUCGAGGUUGAGACAUCUGCUCGGGAUUAUACGCCACCACAGUAUCUCACUUUGCUUUUUACAGAUUUGGGUGUUUUAACACCGUCUGUAGUAAGCGACGAGCUCAUCCAGCUAUACCUAUAAGUUUCUCUGCUGAAUUAAUAUCGCUUUUUCUAGAUCAUAAUUAUGUGAUUAUCUUGUAAAUUUAACGCUGUUUCUCCUCUAGAUUACGCCCCUAUUUCUCAUAAAUUCAAUUUUUGUAGGAUCUAAUGUCUUUCUCGAUCUGUCGUUUUCUAGUUAUCCGUUGAGUGCAUUUGUUGCGGAAAAUAUCUAAGCAAUACUUAGAUAUUAUCUGAUAGCAGGAUGGCAACUGCUAAAGAGAGAUUUUCAGCCCAUUUUGUUACUUGCUCUGUUUCUGUAAUUUGUUUAUCAUUUUCGAGAAUUGCUGUAUUUCAAAUUAUUUGUUGCUACUUUAUAGUUCCAAAAAUCUUGGAACCACUCUUUUGUUUCAA